AUGGUAUCAGAACGUGUAACGAAAAUAGAAUCCCAACACGUUCAACAACCACUCGAAGUUCCUCAUCUUGUCGAGGAAAGCACUGUCGAAGACGAUCGCCUGUCGAUUACAGCAACACAAGCAGAAGAGAACGAUAUUUUGAGCAGCAACACAGACGGUCCUGAUGAGACCUCAUUAGUUGGCUUUGUGCCACCAUUAGAUGACUUUAUGUCACCGGUAGUUGACGUGCAGUCGAAAAAUACUCAUGGAAAUCUCCUGGAUAAUGUCGAUGCAAACAACGUAGACACUGGCGAAACUCCGACUAGUGUCAAGUCAACAACGGGAUUUUUCGAUCCCGAACAAACAACAGCACGUCGCUGGGUUCCCUCAGCUGCCUUUGGUACAUUUCUCGAGAAAAAUUUUCGACGGCGGCUCAAUACAGAGCAAGUAAAUGAGAUUAUUGGGGAAUAUUCUCCCCCAGAAACGGAUACUUGUGUAGCUCCCUUGCUAGAUAAAAGUAUUUUAACCUAUAUCCCAUCUAGCCGAAAGAAAUUUAUCGAACAACCGGACAAAGAUUUAGGUCUCAUUCAACGAGCUACUUUAAAUGCCGCGGCACCUUUGUGUUGUUUACACGAUCGUCUUGAAUCGAACGAAAAGAUUUCAAACGAAGUUUUACGAACAACUUUACAGCAAUCGCUCUGUUUGCUGGGUUCAGCAAACCGUAUCACUACGACCCUCCGUCGUAAGAAAAUUUUGGCAGCUAUAAAUCCAGAUAAAGUUCAACUAGCCGAACAAGAAUUCCCAAAGGCGGGAAAAAUGCUUUUUGGCGAGGAUUUAACCACUCUGGCGGCUAAACAUUCCGAGCUUACUCGGAGCCUUAGUAAAAAUUUGCAAAAACCUG